GGAGGAUUAUCUAUUGUAACUGGGGGUGCUGUAACAAUGCUCAGCACCCCCAGUAACAAUAGACUAAUCCUCCGUGGAUAGGUCCCUGCUACACACCGCCCCCUUGAGUGAUUGAAUAGAAAGAGGCCCGGGGGCGAGUGCGGCCCUGGAUCGCAGGAAAAUAAUCAUUGCCGGAGAUGUGUCGGACGAAGUCUGUUUUUCAUGAUAUUAUUCUACUCUGAUAUAUUCAUGUAGUUAUAUAUAGACGGUCGUUUUCUGCAACCAACAUUUUCUAUUCCAUACCAGGCUAUAUACAGCUCUGUGCACAGUAAGCUCAUAUUAUAGGUGGAUUAGAAAGAUGCCAGAGAUUGUUUUUAUCAGCGGAUGUUCAUCGGGCAUUGGGUUAUCCACGGCCCAACUCUUAGCCCAUGAUCCACAGAAACGCUUUUUGGUGUAUGCCACUAUCUUGAAGCCAUUGGAACAAGAAGAGCAGUUCAGGUUGCAGGUAGGAGACGCCCUCAACGAUACACUGUUUCCGCUACAAAUGGAUAUCACGAAGGAAGCUAUGAUAGUUGACGCGAUUGGCACGGUGAUGAAGGAUCAUGGACGAAUAGAUAUAAUAAUCAAUAUUGCAGGAGUCAAUCUAUACAACGUUACGGAGGCGAUCAGUUUUGACGUCAUGAAGAAAGUUUUUGAUAUCAACUUCUUCGGGAUGGUACGAGUGGCACAGGAAGUAAUUCCUGUAAUGAAGCGCCAAAGGUCAGGUCGAAUCAUCAUCAUGGGAAGCAUCCAUGGAUUGGGAGCUUUUCCUUACUUUGGUCUUUAUGGUGCAACUAAACAAGCCAUUGUGGGAUUUAGUCAGGAGAUAGCUAUAAUUGGAAGGUUCUUCAAUAUUAGUGUAAGCGUUAUUGAACCUGGUGGGGUUGACACGGCUAUUAUGGAGAACAUGAUCGCCCAGGAGCUAGGAGGACAUGGUGAAAUACAAAGAAACAAGAAUACAACUGAUAUCGACCUCACACUGUCAAAGUGCUUCGAAAACGUUGACAUCUACCACCCCGAUCUUCUCAGUUUACCUAAAUGCCAAAAACCUUCAGAUAUUGCACAACUAAUCCUCAAAGUUGCAACGGCAGACAAACCUCACUUCCGUUACCAAACGUCGGAGGCCUGUCAAGCUUACGCAGCGAGGUUCUAUAAGGAUGUGACGGGCGAUUCGCAUAUCGAUUACCAGGUCGCCGAACUUGAGUCAUUUAGGACGAAACUAGCAGAAAAGGAAGCAAAAUGAUAGGUCAAUUUUCAAGGUCAAUCGAUGAGUAAUAAUCCUGGGCAAUCUCCUUAAUUUUUCUUCGUAUUUUCUUUUUAAAUAUUAUGUCGUCAAACCGUCCGUGAAAUAACGACUCGGGAGAUUAGCAAUAAUUAUGUUGUUCUUUUUAACUUUUACAAAAUGGUUGUUUGAUGGCUUGCUAUUAUUAUGGAGAAAAGAAAUAAGUAAGAUCUGCUGAAAAACUGUGUGGAAGCAAGAAAAUUUUAUACACGUAUUCUUCCUACAUGCAAACGCAUGUAGGAACAUCUCCGUUCACAUAUUAAGAUGACGUCAUAGAAAUCUUGCCGGUGAAUAGCAAAAUGAAUAUAUAGGCCUACACAUUUUCGAUGUUUUCCAAUUGGAAAGUUUCUCAAAGAAAUAAUCAGAUGGUAAGUUGUACAAAUGCAUGAAAAUGGUGGGUGUUUCAUAAAGCUGUUCGUUAGUUAAGAACGAUUUUAAGAACGACUGGUGAACCUUUCUUGCGCGCUAGAUAAUCACAAAUUAACUAUGGUGAAUAUCAUUCACGGAUUUUACCACAAGAAAGGAUCACCAGUCGAUCUUAAAGUCACCCUUAUAUAACCAUGUUAACUUACGAACAGCUUUAUGAAAAGGCCCCCUGAUUUGCUUUGUAGCUUAAUAUCUUUCCAUUAUUGGUGUAUAAUUUAUCAAUUCAUUUUUUGUUUCCAGUAGGGUCUUUAAUGCCGGUCUCGUGAAGAAGAUUGAUUUACCUUCCAAGAUGACCUUACGUAUAUAACAUAUCCCAAUUUUAGCAAAGAAAUUUCUGGUAUAUAAUUGUAUGCCAUGUUAUCUACAUCGAAAAAAGCGCUUAAAAUAUGCAUAAUUAUUUUCUCAUUACUAUCAUCAUUGUCAAUAGAAGUAGAAGUGGUAGUAGUAGUAGUAGUAGUAGUAGUAGUAGUAGUAGUAGUAGUAGUAGUAGUAGUAGUAGUAGUAGUAGUAUAGUAUAGUAGUAGUAGUAGGAAAUUAGUAGAAGAAGUAGUAGUAGUAGUGGUAGUAGUAGUAGUAGCAGUAGUAGUAGAAGCAGUAGCAGUAGUAGUAGUAGUAGUAGUAGUAGUAGUAGUAUAGUAGUAGUAGUAGUAGUAGUAGUAGUAGUAGUAGUAGUAGUAGUAGUAGUAGUAAUAGUAGUAGUUGUAGUAGUAGUAUAGUAGUAGUAGUAGUAGUAGUAGUAGUAGUAGUAGUAGUAGUAGUAGUAGUAGUAGUAGUAGUAGCAGUAGUAGUAGUAGUAGUUUAAUUAUUGAAGUGGGCCUAUAUAUGAAGUGACAACAUUAUGGAGAGCACUAUAGCAUAGUUGCCAACUCUACAGCUUGUUUUACAUGAAAUUAUUGACCACCCACCGGCUUUCAAUUUUCAUUUCAAUAUAAAAAUUACACCUUUUUCAAAUAGAAGUCUUUCGAUGUUCCCGAAAAUGGGCGCUAUGUAACGGAGACACUUUCUUAUCGGGCAUGUAAGGCCUGUAAAUUUUAAUUCCCAGUCUUAUUUUAAAAAAUAUAUCUUUAAGGCCCAUAUCUUUUUAUCGAUUGACGUAUACUAUUUACAGAGGCUUACAAAAAUUUCAUAAAAUGUUCCUUUCCCAUAGCAGGUCGGUUCUCGGCUGGAUUAUUUGUUUAGUGAGACUAGUAUCAUGUUCAUAAUAUCGAGUCAAUGUAAAAAAAUAAUCUCGCGAAUCGCACUGAUAUGGUUUAUUUAGGCCCAAUAAAAUGUCUAAUCUUGUUUGUA